CUGGGCUCUUUUCCCUUUGUUACAGCAAGUUGGAAACAUACAGAGGACUGCAGCAGAAUUUCCUGAAAGAGCGCCGAUAGGCAUCUUGACAUUUUACAUCCAAGAGGCAUGAGUCUUCUGUCUACAAGCAUCCCAGCUACCUCCAGCUCUGCGGAUGGAUGCCAAAACUGUUCCAAUGAGGGGAAAGACGAGAAGUGGACCACCUCUGUGGUACCAGUCUAUAUCCUGUGCAUCACUGUGCUGGGAAUUGUGUUUAAUGUGUUUGUCCUGAUGGUAUUCUGUCUCCACAAGAAGGCCUGCACCGUGGCUGAGAUCUAUUUGAGCAACUUGGCUGCUGCUGACCUUGUCCUGGUGUGCUCUUUGCCCUUCUGGGCUGUGAAUGUUGCCAAAAAAUACGACUGGAUAUUUGGUAGAGUCCUGUGCAAACUGGUCAACAUCUUCAUUAGUGUGAAUGCCUACUGCAGCAUCUACUUCCUCGUUCUGGUCAGCAUAGAUCGUUUUGUGGCACUGGUGCAUCCGCUGACCCAUGAAAGAAUGCGAAGGCCAAAGUAUGCCAAACUGGGUUGUCUGCUGGUGUGGUCUUUGGGUUUGCUCCUGAGUGUCCCCACAAUCAUCUACAGGGAAGUACAUUUUAACUCUACGACUAAUGAGACAAUGUGCUAUUUUAACUACACAGAUACCACUGUGGAACUGCUGUGUGAGGGGGUGAUGCCCAUGUUUGGCUUCAUUAUUCCCAUUUUCAUUAUUUCCUUCUGCACUUGUAAGAUUAUUCAAGCUCUGAACAACCGGUCAACCGAGGGGUUAAACACUCAGAAAGUUGAGCAGAAGGCCACCACACUUAUCAUGGCAGUCCUUGUGGCAUUCCUGAUCUGUUGGGUGCCAUUCCACUUGGUCAAGAUAAUAAGAUUACUUUUAACUGCUGAAGUCUUGAGAAGUGGCAGCCUGGAGAGCAUCGUAGAGACCUACACAGAAAUCGUCAUUUACGUAGCCUUCUUCAACAGUGUUCUCAACCCCAUCCUCUACGUCAUUGUAGGGAAAAACUUCCAGAAAAAAGUCAAGGAACUCUUCAGACAGUGGAGCCGUAACAGAAGAGCGAGCCUGAGCCUCACCACCUCAAGAUUUUCCCUGUCGAGGAGUGUUAAAGAUCCGAAUAUCUCAUGCAGGCCUUCAAGACUGUGAUCCUUUAACACGUUUUUUUUGUUUUUUAUAUUUUUGGAUUUCACACAAUGAAAUGGUCUGUUAUUUCCCAGAAGUAAGAUAGGAAAAAUAUUGGAAGUUACACCCACAUUAUGUUUGUGUAAAUAUGGUGUGAACUUUAUUUAGCAUUCCAGUUAUGGUUCAAGACAAGACAGUGGUAUGUUUAGUUGAUUUGAUGCAUGAUAUACACCUUGGAGGUCUGCCCAUCAGAUCCUGCUCAUUAUGGUAGGGUCUGAACUCUCUCUUUCAUAGUUUGCUCAAGGAGGACCUUAAUCUAGGGCUUUAGCUAAGAGUAAGGAGAGUGUAGGUGUUCAGUGACACAAAGGCUAUGGUACUGGUGCAUGCUGUCACCUUACCCUUGCUUGGAUCUGUUCCCAGUCUUGAACCAUCCUUGACACAAUCACAUAUCUUCGCAUGUUGGAUGAGAAGAUGUAGUCUCACACUUUCAAACUCACAUCUAUUUCAGUGUCUGGCCUUUUUUAACAUGUUUUGUCAGGGCCAGCACUUCAGAAGGAAAGUUAGGCGGAAGGAGGACAAGACAUCAACACCGAAGACGUCAACGCUCUGUGGUGUCAACAGACCACAAGAGAUCAAGGGUGUGGUCAUUUUUAAUGUGAUGGAUCAUAUUCCGUUCAUUCUCGUGACAUCCUGUUGACAAGUCUUUACAGGAUAUGGACCUUAAAUGAUCAUAUCUGCCAUUUCGACACUUAUGGCUUAACUUGGAAAAGCUUUCAAGCUUAACACAAUAAUAACACUGUUACAUAAUUAAACAGCACUACCAGAUUGUAUGUUAUAUUGCAGAAGUAAUGGAUAUGAACUAAGAUAAUGGAAGUAAUGUACACAGCAAUUGUUUACAGUCUUAAUGUGACAGUUUAGUGGCAGGAUGUUCCAGGACUGUAUGUGUGCAUUUUCUGUGGCUAUAUGUCUGGAUUUUUCACUGUAUUGUUGCAUGGUGUUACUUUUACCGACUUGUGAUAUCUUAAUGCUAAACAGCCAUAAAAUAAUAUAUCUAUAAAAUAAUAUACCCAUGUAAUAUUUUCUCCUUCUGUUUCACAUUAAUUCAAACUUUUCCUUUGAAAAGCAAAUUUCAGCUUGUUAACAUAAGAGAAUUAACACCUACACAGUGUGUACUCAUUUGCAUUGUCAUACAUUUGUUUCUUUGUACAGUUUAUUUACUAUUCAAAGUCAGAGUAACCUGAGCAGCAGUGACUCUCUCAGUCAUGCUGGUAUCUCUUUACGGUGUGAACACACUUCACUGUUUGUGAAACAACUUACAUUUAUAAUUUGUGAAACUCUUUGCAUAAUAAACUUAAUGUAACACCUGGUGUGGCAUAAAUGCAAAAGCUAAAUCUUUUGUCAGCACUGCAGAGUUUGGAAGAGGCUUUCCACAAUGAAUAAAUGUAGACUUCUCUCUAGUUCAGGACACAAGGCAGAAAUAAGAAAGCUGUUUAAUCAGGGUACAUGAACUGAUAUCUUUAGAAGUAAAGCCAAAAGUCACUCAAAUGUUGGCAGUAAUGCCUGAUUGCUUGAGAAAACUGUAGGUACAAAUAACAAUGGUAGUUAGUGUUGAAGUAAAGUUGAACUAAAACGCCAGUCUAUCAGCUGUGAUGGCAUGUGACAAAAAGCUUGGCAAUAUUUUCUCUAAAAAUAAUGACACUAUCAAAUUGAUUUUUGAGAUUACGAACAGCUGGGAAUCUCUCCAAACUCAUUGAAAAGGGAUCAGCCUGACUAAGAAACUCAAGCAGCCAGCUUAUUUGGUGAAAGUCUGUAUGACUGUCUGAUAGCUUGUGGUUCUGGAGAUCCCAGAGUUUAGCAAUGUUUUUUUACCAGGGGGGCCAGUGUCUGUUGGGGCUAAAGACAAGUUUCAAAUCUGGAGAAAGACCUUUGUAGCCUACUCCUCACCUCUGCUUGAGGCAAGGACCUUAAAGCAAAAAAUUUCUCAGCAUUUCUCUGAGUCUCAGAGGAGACUUUAUUUCAUUCAACCCAGUGUCACAACUUUGUUUAGUCAGGUUCAGCCUUGUUUGUCUGUAAGAUGGCCUCUCCUGGUACCUGAGAAUAUUUAACUGACUCUCGGUGCUAGCCACAUUCAAAUUCUCUUCUAAAAAGUACUUUAAAAAUAUCAGAAAAGCAUCCACACAGUCCAACCUAUGAAUCAUUCAUUUAUUAGAUAAGAUGUGGAAGGUGUGGUACGAUGCACAGGUCGGGGUGGGUGGAUGUUUUUUCAGCUCCAGCACUUCCAAACAUGUUUUAUUUGGUAAAAAAAUAAAUAAAAUAAAAUCCCUCUGCAUUGGAAAAAAAAUGGGGAAAAAAAAUAAAACACCAGACCUCCUUGUUGAUGAUUAGGCUUCUCAAUGUUAACUGAAAUGUUUAUAAGAACAAUGUCACUAUUCCAAUUUUGGUGCUGCUUUGCAGGCUGUUUGUGCCUGUCCUGUCUCAGGAGCACAAUGCUUCAUCUUAAUGACAUACAACUGAAACACAUCACAUGACAUGCAAAUACGUGCUGUUCCUGGAAAGGUGUACACUGUGUAUACGGUUUGCACAAACUUACCAGUACUCACUGGUUUGCUUUUAAGAUCGUUUUACAUAAGUGAAAGUACCAGUAUUACAAUGUAAA